GAACCACAGCCACGUAGCAGAAAGGAAGAAAGAGAGAGAGAGAGACGCAACUUGUUUCCCAAUAUAGCUUGCUUGCUAGCUACAUUAGCUCUUAGUACCUUAGAUAUACAAAAGCUACUCGGCUAAGACUAGUUCUUUAUUCACAACCUUUUAAUAGAUUAGUGUUAAUAGAUAGAAACCCUGUUUGGUUAGCGAGCUUGUAUAGAUUUGACAAUUAAUGGCUCAAAUAACGGAAACUGAAGAUAUCGAUAUUGGGACACAGGUACAUCAGAUUAUAAAGGAGGAGGAGGAUGAUCAGGAUAAGGGCAUGGCUGAAAAGAAGACGGAAGGGGAAGAAGCACGAAAAGCUGGAAAACCUUCUUCUCGUAUCCCCACUUUCCAAAGCUCGCUGGCUCGCAAGCGAACCACCACCCAAAUUGCAGAGUCACAGCUGCCAUCAAAGCCAGAGGGAUCCAGUCGAGAAUGCCAAAUGAAAGAGAGAGGGCUCGGCUCUGGAGAGACUUUGAUUUUGAGAACAAAAUUGCCAGUGUUUAGUGACAGAGAAACGGCCUUGCCUGUCCUGUCAACUCGCAUGCACUCGCACAGCGCUGAUGAUCUCUCUGUUGCUGGUAUGUCAGAUCCCACUGUGUCGGAAACUUCAGAAGCUGCAUCACUUCCACUCGAAGAAAACCACUCUCCUGAACCAAACGACUCGAAGAGUCUUCACCGACCGAGUCUUAGAGCACUCUUAGAGUCCCACGACACAGAUUCAGCCUCAGAACCACCUGCAGAGCCUCAUGAUGCAAGUGCAGAGUUUCAAUACAAAGACGAGCAAGAAUCAGAUACAGCUAUUCAGGAUGAUCUUAAACAAAAACUCAUAAAGAGCGAAGGCAUACAGGAGAUUGGGGAUGAAUUUGAGGAGUGGCUUCAAAAAGAAGUACCAGCAGCAUCAGUCACAGAGGAUACCCAAAAGCAGUGUUCGGCAGUACAAGAGACUGAAAAGCUUCCAGCGGAAGUGUCUCCUGAAAGAGUUUUGAAGCAAAAUGAUGUAGAUAUCCCUGCUAGGAGUAAAACGGUCCAUUCAAAGCAGGCAGAACCAAAAAACAGCACAUCCUCAAGGACAAGAGGAUGGAGCUUUGCUCUCUUCUGUUUGUUCCCAUCUUUCCUGUUGCUUCUGGGUGGAUUUGGUCAACACAUUUGGCAAUAUGGGGUCCCUAGAUCCGUGUCCCACCUCAUGGUGCAGCUGGAACUGCACUGGCUUGAAGGUUUCUGGUUGCCCCAAGAGGAAUGCAGUUCAGAUUGUAGGCUGACACUUACUGAGAGUAUCCCUGAAGGAAUGCUCUUCCCCUCUGGCUCCCCACACCUGCAGAGCAUCGCACAUACCUGGACCAACCUGCUAAUCCGAGCUAACAGCUCAGUCAACAUUGCUGCUUUCUACCUCACGCUCAGAGACUCGGAUCUUGGCCUGACUGAUCCCAGUGCAAUGCAGGGCAAAGUACUGUUAGAUCACCUGAAGCAGCUCGAACCUAGAGGCGUGAAGUUGAAGAUUGCAGUUAAUGCCCCUCAGACAUACAGAUCAGACACGGACGAGCUAACAGGAACAGGUGCAGAAGUCAGAGAGGUUGACCUUAAAAACAUCACCGGAGGUGUCGUCCACACAAAGCUUUGGGUUGUGGACAAGAAGCAUGUGUAUGUAGGAAGUGCAAACAUGGACUGGCGCUCGCUAACCCAGGUAAAGGAGGUUGGCGUGUCUGUGGAGGACUGCAGCUGUUUGGCACAGGAUGCGUCACGGAUCUUCGGAGUCUACUGGGAACUUGGUGCUCAGAAAAAUAGCUCCUUACCUCCCUACUGGCCUGGCCGAUUCUCCGCCCUCUCCAGCAUUAAGUACCCAUUAACUGUUAAAUUCAACGGUGUUCCUGCACGUGUCUAUCUGUCUAGCGCUCCACCUCAAUUAUCCACUUACGGAAGGACAGAUGAUAUCUUGGCUAUACUCUCGGUAAUUGCUGAUGCCAAGAAAUUCAUAUAUGUGUCUGUGAUGGACUACCUUCCCAUGUCUGAGUUCACCCCUGAAAUAAGGUUCUGGCCUGCCAUUGAUUCAGCACUGCGGGAGGCUGCAUGUGCCCGAAAGGUGGAGGUGAAUCUGCUGGUCAGCUGCUGGAGCCACUCUCCUGAAGCCAUGUUCAUCUUCCUGCAGUCUUUAUCAGUACUCAGCAAGACACCGCUUGGGUGCAGCAUUCAUGUUAAAGUUUUUGAGGUUCCUUAUUCGCCUGCGCGAUAUCAGAUCCCUUUCGCUCAUGUCAACCAUGCCAAGUAUAUGGUAACAGAUCGCGUUGUCUAUGUUGGAACUUCCAAUUGGUCUGAAAAUUAUUUCAGCCAGACAGCUGGAGUUGGGCUUGUGGUGAAUCAGACAGGCUCUGUGGUGGAAAAGGGCCAGCAAACAGUGCAGAAUCAACUACAGAAGAUUUUCCAGAGAGACUGGAAUUCCGACUUUGCUCAAGCGCUCACGGACAAUCAUGUAGAGUAUUGCAGCAGGAGGAAAGAAGUGUUGUAAAGCUGCUAUAUAAUAGACUUCGGCAUUCAUGCACCAUGUACAUUCUGCCUUGUGACUUGCUGUAUCUUGGAAUGUAUCUUUACUCUGGGCAAUAUUUGGUCAUGGCAGUAACUUUUCUGUAAUGUGUAUAUUUUAUUAGCUUGUUGUACAUUUUUGUUUUAAUGAUCUGUUUACAUGUGUGCAUUUUUCACAUCCUGUAAAAAAAAAAAAAAAACCAAACAAAACUGAAUUUGUGCAGGACUUGUUCAGACGUAUGCUCAGAAGUAUUCACAAGUAAAGUGUUAAAACAGCAUGCCAUUGUUUCAAACAGAGAGUAAUCCGGUUCUUAAUUAAACCAGAUGCAUUUU